GAGCUCAGUUGCCUUAGGCAGUCUUGCGAUUCAGACAAUGGAGUUCAGUCAAUGGAACGUUCUCUCAUUUCUGAAUAGCCCUAUUGAGUCCUGUCUGAGCUUUGGCUCAACAUUCUUGGAUACUGACUCCAACCUCACCUUCCUGUGUGGGUUGGGGUUGCUCAUUCUGUUUCUGUGCUGCCUGGUGGGGAUUCCAACUUUACCAAACUUCUGGAAAACCAAAGACAGCAAAAAGCGUCAGGGCAGAGCCAAGAGGAGAAGGAAAGGCGGAACAUCGAGAGGUUGGAGAUAUUACGAGAGGGAAACAGAGGAGGAAAGGAAGAAGAUUGCUAUUCUGAAAAGCCCCCUGGGCCAGCAUCAUAAUACCACCCACAUUCGUCAACUGUUAUGUCCAGACUCCUCCUGUGAGGUGUGUAACAGCACAACUGCAGAGGUCAAUCGGCUGCUAUUCCUGGAGGACCUAGAAGACGAUACUCUCUCUGUGUCUUCUUUGACUUCCACAGCUUCUGUGACUGAGUCAUUGUUCACUGUGUCCUCUGCCUUCUCAGAAGUCCCUCCAGGAAACCUAAUACCAGCCACUCUGCCUGAGCCUUCCUCACCGCCCCCCUCCAUUCUCUCACCUAAUCCAAUGACACCCUCAGCUGAUUUUCUUUCACUCUCACCACCAGGUCACUCUCUGCCACCAGAGCCUUUUCUUCCGUUGGAGUCCAAAUUCCUAGUGGACCAUUCCCCACCCCAACCCCUUGCCUCUCCCCCUCUCCUACCACAUGACACUCAGACAGCAGAUCCUGUUCUCCAACCAGAGGCCACUUUGUCUCUGCAUACCAUCUUCUCUCUUGACCCCACUCUUUGCCAAGAUAUCAAUUCUUUACCAGAUUUGUCCCAGACAAUGAAUCCCACUGAUUCACUGGCUUGUUAUCACACACCACUAACCCUGUCUGUUUCACCACCGCCAGACCGCCCUUUAACUACCACUAAAUCUAAAUCAAUUUCCGCCUUAUUGAAGCCUGUCCCGGAGAACUCAUCUCCAGAUAGCCCUGGUGAGUUGUCCACCUGUGUCCCAAUAAUCAGAGGCACUGACAAUUCAAGCCUGUCAGUUUCAGAAUUCUCCUCACGGCAAGCUCAUGGCAAAGACUUGUUCCCUUCCACCUUGGCACAAUGUGAUUUUGAUCAAGAGUUUCUUGCCCCCCAUUCCUCAGAGGCCUCUUUUGGGGGAGACCCUGCCACCAACCUUGGAGAGCCUGGUAACCUCUCAUUUCUCAGCCCCGAUAUCCUGGCACUCCUAGAGAGACAAGUCCAAAAGAGGAGUGAUUUCCUGAUACGGGAGGAAAAGGAAAAGAAAAGGGGUUCUUUUCCAAAAGAACUUAGGCCAGACUACCAACUAAAUUCCUCAGAGAAAAUGUUGGAGUCAAUUGCUCAUAAACAUGACCCGGCAGUCUCUCUUCCUUUUUGGAGCAGCAAAGGCAAACCAAAAGAGCUGCACGUGCACCAGCAGCCCCUGUAUCCUAAGACCCCAGAGGACCAUUUACAGCAAAAACGUGUCCAGCUCUUCUGGGGUCUCCCAUCUCUGCACAGCGAGUCCUUGUCCACUGCUGACCAUGUCUCGGGUGACUGUUCCUCAAUCAUCAUUUUCAAUAGAAUCUCGAAUGCCCCCAUGGACCAAGAACCACCAGUACUUCCCCAUCCUCUACCUUUGUCCUUGCCUCAGAUCCAGCCUCAAUCCUUGCCUCAAACCCUGCCCCAAUCCCAACCCCUACCUCUCACUCCGGUCCAGCCCCAGGCCCAUUUUCAAUCCUCACCCCGAAUCGUACCAUCUGGUCCUCUAGCCCAGACUGAGACCUAUGGAGUGAGUUUCCAUAGACCCCAUAAUGAAUCAGAGUCUCUCACCUCAUCUGAAAUUCAACACCUGGAAUGGAACGUAUUGCAGAAGCAACAGGAAAGUUUGUGGGGUUUACCCUCUGUGGUCCACAGAUCUCAGGAAGACUUUUGUCCUUCAGCUCCCAACUCUCCUUAUCACCAGGGCUCCCAAGCCCAUGUUUCAAUAUCCAUCCUUCCUGGAGAGUUUCCUCUCAGUGAGGAGCUUCGAGGGAAACUAGAUGAUCACCUUCGAAAGCGGCUCAUCCAACAUCAGUGGGGCCUGCCCUGCAGGAUCUGUGACUCUCUGUCACUGAUGAUACCUCCGAGCAAUUUUUCAGAGAUACCUGAGUCAGAGAGUGAUCGUGGACUCUCACGGGUCUCUGUGAACAAAAAUCUAAAUGUCAGAUUGAGCCAACCCGAAAGCUUCCAUGAAAGGAGCUCAGAACUGCUUCAGCUAGAGAAGGAUGGGGGGAAGGAUCAGCAACACAGCCCAGAGAAUGGCCCAAAAGCUCAUCUGCUGAGUGACUCAGAGAGGUCUUCAGAUAAGGAUCUGGGGUAUGACUCUGAGAAAGACCUAGGUAGUCACAUGGCGAGUCUGUCAGGGAAAAAUUCAAGGGCCUCGGGGGGCAGUCUAGUUCAGAAACAACUUGAAAAUGUCCUGAAAGUAUAUUUGAGUAAGAAGUUUGAGGAAAUCAAUGAGGGUCGGGUUCCUGGGACUGUGCAUAGUUCACAGCAUGCUAUCAAGCAGACACUGCUGCUUUCUGAAAAAUCCCACACCCCAAAAAAACAGAGAAAUUUGAAACCAUCAGUGGGUGGGAACUACACCCUGGAUACUUUCCAGGAGCUUUCCUUCAUUGAUUCCAGUGCACGGCAGAUGCUGGAAGCCCAUAUUAAAAAGUUUCAUAUGAGAAUGCUGUGGGGCCUUCCCUGCAGGGUCCUUGAAUCCAUACGGAUCUCUAAAUUGGAAGACGCAUCCCAGUCCUUAUCCUGUUCCCACUUUCCCUCUUCAACCAACCUGAUUUCUGAGCUGGACUCCAAAUCUGGGGGCUUCAAGCCCCUUAGAGGAAGCUCUAAAUCUGUUCAUGGAGACAAAGUGGGAACAACAAAUUCAGCCCCUGUCCGGGAUCGUCCUGGCCCUGCCACCUCAUCUGUGGGCAAGAAAGGACAGGGGUCCUCGAGACAAUCACCCUCUGGCAUCAACCAAGAGCUUGCAGAGGAUGUUCAGAGAAGUAAGGGUGCCAAACAGACCCUUCUGCCUGUCACACACAGCAUCACAGGCAAAGCAAGUCAGAGACAGACUCAACUAGGCAACAGAUGCCCCCCAAGGCUGCCUGCAAGGCAAGCUGGGGCCGGACAUGAACCAAAGGAAAAGAAUGUGAUUUCCAGGGAUGGAGUAGAAACACGACAGGCCAAAAAGAUGGAGAAGAAGUCAGAACCUCUCUCCAUGCUCAACGUGUCUAGGGAGAUAUUCAGGGCCAAGGAGCUCAAUGCUCUUCAAUCAAAAACUGGUGACAUCUUGACAACCAGCAAGCCAGGAAGCUCCCAAAUGAUAAAUGUGAAUGAGAGUAAAGUAGAAACUACUGGGACCACUGAAAGCCCCCCACCAAGAAGACCAGUUCCCAAAUCAUCAGACCUUAAAGAACAGCUGUUGAGUGAAUUAAAGUUUAAACUGGAGAAGAGGGAGCAGAGGCAGGUGAGAGGCCAACCCACUGACAGGUCCCUUGCCUCAGAGAGCUUGACUGACAAGGCCUCACUGACUCAUGCCCAGGGUGUCUCUAGCGGGGACGCAGGAGCUUCCCAGGUGCUGCAUGUCCAUUUGGAGAACAGAGGAAUCGGUGUGGAGCAGCGGCAGGAGCCCUGGGUCCCUAAGCAUGUCUUAAGGAGGUGCCAGGAUAAGAAUUUCCCACCAGCUGCAGAGAGAGUGAGCACUCCAGGCCCCAAAGCAGAAGAGUGUGGUGGAGGGGACACAGGGUUGGGGACAUCCCAACCUAGAAGGAAGCGUUUCCCUACUCAGGACAUGGCAUUAGAGGAGAUGCUUGGGAGCAAGUCUUCCCAGACCCCAUCACAGAAGGGACAGCCUCCUCCUAAAACCUUCAGAAAAAAAAUGAAUGACCUUUUGCAAUGGUUUAAUCCUGGGAUAAAAUGCAAAAAGCAAGAAAAUUCCCAGGAAAAGGGCAGCCCCAUAUCACCCGCGCAGAGCAGAGGCCUAGUUACAAGGAGAGCUGCCAUGACUGAGACGACCACAGCUCAGAAGAUCAUGACAGACGCUGGGAAGUCCCCAGAGGAGAAACUGGGGCGUUGGCAUGUGAUAGAUACCACCUGUCCUCGAGAGCCCCUUCCUGCCCUGAGGAAGUUUGGGAAAACUCAGCAGAAGGCAGAAGUGCAGGCCCGGGCAGAGCCCAUCCAGGGCCAUCCUUCCAGCUACAGGGCUCCCUCCUGUAAAGUGACAAACACCAAGUCCUGCCGCCAGGAAGCUCUCUCUGCCGGCCAGAGUUAUCCAAGAGUUAGACGGAGCAGAGACGAGGACAGACACCUCCAGAAAGUUGUGGCCUUUAAGGACCAGCUAUUGGAUCAAAAGCAUCCCUCAUCCGUGCCCCGCAGGGAGCCUGUGCCCCAUCCAGGCCCCACCUGUAGGCGUCAAGCCAACCAGGGACCUCCAGUUGUUCCCACCACUGCUGAAGGCACUGUGUUCAGAGAUCUGUCUCUGCUGAUUCAACAGAAAAUGCUUCUCCAGAAUUUCCAGAGAGGAAAAUUUCCCACCCCAAAAUAAUUCCUUCCUUGUGGACAAUAUUGAUUCUUCCCAAUAAAUGAUUCUCUAAUAAUAGUGGUAUCUUUCCAUGUGCUGUG